AUGGCCUCAGCCUCCACUCUCCCUCCUUCCCUUCCCCGCGACUCCACCGCCCCCGGCCUCAAAAUCCAGUUUUGUCCCCCCCUUUCAAAUCCGCCAAAAACCCUAACCCUAAUCUCCUCUCAGAGCCUCCCCCAUCCCGCCCUCCUCCUCCUCCUCCUCAUCCUGGAGCGAGAGGAGGUUCGCUGGCCUCCGGAGCAGGCAGCCAACGGUUUUGCUCCGGAUGGAGGAGCAGCUCGAUUGGAGUCGCCAGCAAGAAUUCGCGGUUGCCGCGAUCUCGAACGAGAGUCCCUCAUCCGGGAGAUCGCGGCGUUGAGGGCGAGGAUCCAGGCGCUGGAGCGCGGGAGAGCGAUGGAGGAGGUCGAUGCGGAGAUCAGAGCGCGGCCGUUGCUUGCCGAGGAUGCUGAUGUCAGGGAUAUGGUGUUUGAAGAGGUUAGGGUUUCGGGUCGGGGCGAGGAGAAGAAGGAGAAUGUUCGGGAAGUUAAGGAGAUGGUGUUUGAAGAGGCUAGGGUUUCGAAAGAUAGGAGAGUCUUGAGGAAGGGAGCGGAAGGAGAUGAUGUUCGAGAGAUGCAGGUCAGCCUCGUAUUCAUAAUUUCUUGAAAUUGCAAACAUAUUUGCUGGGUAUUUUGUUAGUUGUCUGAACGUUAUAUUUGUAUAUAUAUUCGAAUCUCCUUCAGUGUAAUUGAAAUGUGAUGAGAAAGGGUUGGAAUUGUUCGGUGGGUUUCAGUCUAUUUUAGGAUCAAAUCAAUACACCAACAGCUAGAAGUAUUUAAUGAUAGGUUAAAACUUUUAAUCUUGCAUCCGAAAUAAAGCUGGUGUCUUUUUAUUUGAAAACUGUUAUUAACUUUUAUUUAAUUCUCAUAGCGGGACUAUGCCUAUAUGCCUUUUGUUGGGAACAAAUAUUAAUUAUACACACAUAAUACAUAACUAUUAGCUGAUUUCCAUCAGUGCUGCCUAGCACACCCCCGUACCAUGUUGGGAAUU